CUUGCUAAACACACGUCUCUGCCUUAACGCAUGAAAGUACGUGCUCGUGCGUACCCGAUAAAUACAACUCUAAACUUUUAGUUUGUCGUUCAACAUUUUUGCUGCGGCAUGACCUCUAGUUAGGGUCAUUAUUUGCGUUAAACCGCCCGUACAUUGUUUUGUUUUUACGUGUCGAAAAUGUUCAGGAAUAGUUACCAGGGUGGAGCUGUGUUUGAUAUUUUCAGUGGACAAGGAAAAGACCCCGUAGCGAAAUGGAAACUCAGUGGAGGACCUUCAGCUAUACAUAAAGAGUAUAAUAAAGAAGUUAAGGGAUUUGUUUACUGUUUGGAGGGAAGCAGCCAGACAGUCAAGAUGCAAAUGCCAGAGAAUACAAAAAUGUCUCUUGGGCUUAUCCAAAGAUUUCUGGUCCUUCAAGUAAAUAUUCCUCGAUGCCAUGAUUUUUCCAUUGAGCUGGUGAUAACCGAUUUGGAGCAUCUAAAACGACGGCUUCACUUUUCAACUGUGCAUAAAAAGUUGGCUGCCACACCUUUGCAUGCAAGGAUCCCUCUGACAGAAAUGAAUUUUGAUAAUUGGUGCACUUUAUGCAUUGACCUCAUGUCUUUGAGCGGAGAACUGUUUAAAGGAUUUUCCACCCUGGAUGCCAUCACUUUGUUUGCUACCUGUAAACUUCGGAGGAUCUUUACGAUGAAAAAAGACCCUGGGACAACAUCGGAAGAUGGUGUUUACCUCAUGGACAUGAUCCCUAACAAUUUCCGAUUCCCACCCGAUGUGAUCCAAGCCACUCACGUGGUCGGCAUUGAUCAUCUGUGGAGGGCAGAGAUAAAGACAGAUCCUUUCAGCUCUGCUUCUGCACCUUACCAGCCUCCCACUGCCGUAUCAACCAGAGAUCGGAGAGCCAAGCCCCAGGGUGUCUUACACACAGCCUCAGGCUCCAAUGCUUCAGCUCCAUCUCCUCAGACUGGAAGGAAUAUCUGCACAACCUCAGACGGAAUGGAGAGAAACGGUUUCCCAUCAAGUAGAAUGAACAAAAGGAUGACUGCAGAGAGUCUGAAUAUUACCAAGAUGGGAGAAAAUUCAUCCCAUGGUCAGAACUCCCAGAGUCUGCAUGAGGGAGCAUCUUGCAAAUUCCAGCCACGCCCCCCGCAAAAACGAGUGCUUGACAAGCAGGGAUGUAAAAAGCUACGGAUCCUGGGCGCCGGAAGAGAGAGGCUACCUUCAUCAGCUCCUCCGAACAUUAAAUCUGGGGGUCAGAAGAAGGCAGAUGUUAGUAGAGAGAAAUGCACACUCCCAUCCAGUCUGCAAACGUACAAACAUCAGCCUCUGACCCCAACAGAUGAGUCAGAACACCAAACCACAGAUGAGCGUAGUUGCCGCCCUGCCAAAGAAAGUUCAGCAGAACUUCAUCUCGGACCAGGGUUGUCAUCUAACCUGCAGGUUUGGAGCAGCUGGGAGAGUAAUGAGGGGUCUGAGCCCCAGCUCACUCUUCAACAGGAUCUGUUCACUUUCUCAUCGCCGCCACGCUCACCCAAACGAGGGCAAAGCCAAGGUGACCAGGAGAAGAUGGAGAUGGGGGAUGAUCAGGUGCAGAGCAACCGUGGGGGGAGGUUUGACGCCCGGCCUGAAGACGACUUUAUUGGCAGUGAAAGUGAUGAGGAGAAGAGCCACAUGAAGUCCCACCAUCCAAGACCUAGUGUGUCUUGUCCUGCUUCUCCAAGAUCUCCUGGUGCAGCUCAGCAUGUGCAGCCUGAACCUCAUUCUCAAUCUUUUAAUGCGAUCCAAGCGUCUCUAGAGCAGCUUUUGCCCAACACCAGCAUGCAGAUCCCACUCAGUGGGAGAGCUAAACCAGCGUCGAUGGGCCCCACGCGCUGCCUCUCACCAAACAGAGAGGACCUCAUGGCAAUGAAACGGAGUCACGAUCUGAGAGGGAGUAGGAGUGUUUCCGUUUGUAGGACGUGUCUACAAGAAGUCCAGUUGGGUGACUCCAAACAACACAAGGAAGAAGAAGAUGAGAAGCUGAAGGCCGUUGAUUCAAGUCAUUACAUCUCACGACCGCGUGGCAGUAUGCAGGAAGAGGAUGACGAGGAGCAGCGAAUGCUGGAAAGCCUGAAACGAGAGCAAGAGGAAGAUGAAUGUGGAGCUCCGAGCCUCAGCACGUCUCAAAUCCACCGCUGCGACGUCAGCAUCAGCCUGAGCUGUGACGACGCCUCAACCUGGACCCACAUCUCCGUGCCUGAGAAUCAGGGGCAUCACUAUCAGAAGGAAAUGAACACUUUGCUGCAAUCAAACCCGAGAGAGUGGAUGGACGUGCUCAGCCCUCCUAUUAUGCCUCCCAGCCAGCAGAGAAGGUCAGGCUACACACAGAACAAUUUGGAACGUCUAGUCAGAGGAGAGGAUGGGCUGGUGAAAGAAGAGGAGAAUGAAGAUGAAUAUUUGAAGCUGCUUUAUGAUCCUUGCCUCAACUGCUAUUUUGAUCCUGAGACAGGAAAGUACUAUGAACUAGCUUAGCUCAAAGCCCAUUUGAAUCAGAAUUAAUAAAUCACAUUAACAGUAAAUGAAGCUCUUUUAGAACUCCUUUCUUUUAGGCCACAUUGAUCUAUUGGAAGCGGAUUUCCCAUUCAUGAAAAACCCUUUCUUUGGUUCAACUUUUGUUCCUGAAAACUAUCGGCAGCUUUGUGUUUCCGUGUGUCGUCAGUCAUGCUAGUGAGUAUGGUAUUAAGAAACCCGCUAAAUCAAAUCCAUCCUCUUCCCCCUCCCAAGUAUGUGAUCAUUCACUUGCACAUCCAAUGACAAAAUGGGUCUUUUUAGGAAGUCUUGGCAGGGAAAUGGGGGCCUUCUAUAAACACGAUGCUGGAGCUUCUUUUUAAAACCACAUUAAGUCACAGAUCUUUUAGUUGUACCAGAAUAUAUUCUUCAAGAAGUUGUAAAAACCAGUUGAAGUACAUGUACCUCUAUGUAUUACUUGAAAUAAAUUUGUUUUGAGAAAAUGGCUGUGGUUCCGCUUAUUUAUUUAUUUAUUUAUUUUGUUCAUUUUAAAUUGGACAGAGAUGCCCAGAAGGUGAAAGGAUGAUGGAUUUUAAUUCAUUUGAAUGUAUUUGAAAUGCUCCGGGCUUUUUUCGUGGCAUGUAACUGUAACAGAGUAGCAGCAGGUGGGCUGCUGAUGAGGAUGGCAGGUCUUUGAACCAGUUUUGCCACAACACUCAUCACACCUGACGCAAUGGGAUAUUGAUUCAUAAUGUUGUGGCUGUUACAAUUACUGGAGAAAAUGAAACAAAAAUUGGAAAAACAACAGUUUUUUUUUGUGUGUGUGUUCAUUUAAUCUUAAUUAAACUACAUCUCAUUCAAUAUCCUGGAGCGAAAUGCGUUAACGUGUGCAGGAGUGGAUUUGUUAUAUCAACACGUUCAACAAUCAGGUAACAAUAUCCUAUUUUCACAUUCACAGUUUCCAUUUAUAACCUUUUAUAAAAAUUAUAAUAAUAACCUUGGACAUGGAGGUCAAUGUUUUAGAUUUUUAAUGCUCUCAUGCUUAAAAAACUGGUCCGGGAAAUGGGGCUGCAGUCUU